AUGCAGCGCCCUAAGCGGCAAGAAGGGAAGGCCCCUCCGUGUUUCGCCUGUGCUGUUCGAGAAGAAGAGAGCGCCCCAGGUCCAGGUGAGAUCUUAUCUGAGUUUUUGCGCACAAAACGCUGCAGCUGUGUUUUGGUCUGAUUGCAGUGGUUCUCUGGCGUGCUGCCGGGAGAGAUCUUGCCCGAUGAGCAGCGAGGAGACGAAAGGAGAUGAAGGUACGAUGAAGAGUGGGUGGUCGCUGCAUCGCAGAUGCCGUUUCCCUGACUUCGGAUGCAGGGGCCGAACGGGGCUUGUGGGAGGAAGAACGUACGCUGCCCUCACACGCCGCACAGACACGCAUCGAGUCAUCCACCCAUCCAAUCAUGGCUGGCACACGCGGGCUGACCGCACUUUUUGUUCUUGCAUGUGCACAUGGGUUGCAGCUCUCGUCCUGGUUGAUACGAAAGGUACGUGCGGAAGAGAAAGUGAGUUGUGCCUGUUUCCUUGACUUUUGCGAUGCCUGUCAGGCAAUAAUUGUGGGUACAGCAUCCCCCUCGAAAACUCCCCCGACGGCCUGGAUUUCGUCGUGUGCCAGAAAGCCGGGAGCGAGGGCGACUUCCCGCUCACCGGAGUCCCACUCACCGGCCGGCAGGUUCAGCCCGAGGACACUGCGGUGAGCGGGACUGCAAGCAUUGCGAUUUCACGAUUCGCGUGUCAAUGUGUAUCGGCGGCAGGCGGGUGCUCUGCUGCUGGAUGUCAUGGACUCGUUCAAGAUGGCCCAGUCGGAAGUCAGUGACGUGUUGCACAAGUGAAUAUGACGGCAGAAGGGGGGGAGGAGAGACUCUUCUUACAGAGAUUCGUCUUCUCCUCUCUGUUGUGUUGCGUCUGCAGGGUGGUAUGCACGCCGGGCCCCUGUGAUGGCAGCCUGCGUAAGUUGACCACACCCGGAUCUUGCUGCACGGGAUGUCAGCUUUCUGCUGCUGUAUUUGUCGCAGAGUCCCUGCGUGGCAUGACGGAUCAGGAGUGGGAGGUGCUGCAGGUUCCCCGCCCGCUCGUCAAGACCAUCCAGGACAGGAUCAACCGCGCCUCACGGGACACAUCGAGAGGCGGCCAGACCAUCCAGCGGCUCCGGUCGAAGCUCAUGCAGCGCGAGAAGCAGAGCACCAAGAUGAGGCAGACCGACGCACUCGAGAUGACAGAAGACAGGCAGGGAAACAAGCGCCUGUAAGACGGACAGAGGAGCAGAUUGCGGGCAUGAAAGUGGCCGUAAAUGGGUGUUUGUUUGUGCAGGGACUCGGACACCGAACCUGACGGCGACGGGUAAGCCGACAAGAGCACGGUGGACAUGAAGGACGGAUCUCCUUGGCUCCCAGCAGUGCGGUGGGGGCCAAGGAGCGGACGUCCUGGCAGGGCAAGGGCGGGGGCGAGGAGCUCGUGAUGACCUUUGAUCCACCGGGCUCACCUGACGCUGCCACACAGCGUAGUCCGGUGGUCAUCCGCCUCCCAAUCCCAACGUAAGAUAAAUGAGGCGAUAGGCAUCCACCGAUUGAGAGUGGCCGCGGCUGAUGGAUUGUGUGGUGACCAUGUUUGCUGUCCUGCAGGACGUUAGAGGAGAAGGAGGAAGCGGGGAGGGAGCUGAAUAGAGGCCUCGAGAAGCUGCAGGACGCCUGGAGGAAGCCGGAGGGUGUCCAUGCCACAGAGAAGGAAUCGUAAGCAAAAUGGAG